CCCUUAAUUUCCAUUUCGUUUUCUUCUUCUUCUCUUCUUCAAAAAAUUAGAUUACGCAAAUUCACCCAUCCGUCCAUCACCAAAUGGACGACGGAAAAGUAAAUCCCGGCCAUACUGUCCUCGCGGCCGAUCAUAAUGAAACCGCCCGGAAAGCAAACGACGAAAUCGUCGUCGCUGAUCAAAACGAAACCGCGGAGAAAGUAAACGGCGGAAUCAUCGUCGAACAUCACAACAAAACCGCCGGGAAAGUAAACGGCGGAAUCAUCGUCGAACAUCACAACAAAACCGCCGGGAAAGUAAACGGUGGAAUCACCGUCGAACAUCACAACAAAACCGCCGGGAAAGUAAACGGCGGAAUCACCGUCGAACAUCACAACAAAACCGCCGGGAAAGUAAACGGUGGAAUCAUCGUCGAACAUCACAACAAAACCGCCGGGAUAGUAAACGGCGGAAUCACCGUCGAACAUCACAACAAAACCGCCGGGAAAGUAAACGGUGGAAUCAUCGUCGAACAUCACAACAAAACCGCCGGGAAAGUAAACGGCGGAAUCAUCGUCGAACAUCACAACAAAACCGCCGGGAAAGUAAACGGCGAAUUUGUCGUAUCCGAUCAUAACGAAACCGCCGGGAAAGUAAACGGCAGCGAAUUCGUCGUCGCCGAUCAUAACGAAACCGCCGGGAAAGUAAACGGCGGCGAAAUCGUCGUCGCCGAUCAUAACGAAACCGCCGGGAAAGUAAACGGCGGCGAAAUCGUCGUCGCCGAUCAUAACGAAACCGCCGGGAAAGUAAACGGCGGCGAAAUCGUCGUCGCCGAUCAUAACGAAACCGCCGAGAAAGUAAACGGAAACCUCCAGCCGGAGAACGGCGAGGACCACUACGAGAAAUGGGAGUCAGAAAAAGUCCGACGCAAGAGGUACAUGAAGAAGGGAAAGGCCAAGGUUGCCGACGAUCCUAACAAGGUAUACAUUAAGUCGAUGGAUUUAAGAUUCACCUGUGGCUUCGACUACUUAGACUACUCAGACUUGGACGACGACGACGACGACGACGAGAAGAAGAAUGAGAAGGUCGACGACGUCGGUAAUGGUGAUAAAGAUGAUAAAGAAAAAUCAGAUGAUUCAGCGAAGCAAUUGGAGUUGAAGAAGAAAUUGGCUCAAGAAGAAUACGACUUCAAGUUCGCAAUGAUGCUGCAGGUUCAGGAGAAUAUUAACCGUCUUCCGCUUCCUCGUCCGCCGCACUGCGGCGGCGAAGCUAUCGGCAUCAGUGUGCCUACCUUUGCAGAUCGGCCGGACUGGUCCUAUACUCCUCCUCCUAAUCAUGUGCAGAUGGAUACAGGCAAUUGGAUGAGAAACCUACCAGGCAACGACAUCUGCGUGACGAAGGUCCUAACGGAGAGGGAAGUCGUCCCCGGCGGCCAUCUCUACCUCAACGACAUCUACGAGGCAGCCGCCCUAAGCGACGAGCCUGAGUUGGUCGACAAUCCAUCUCUUGUGCAGUAUAAGGUCAUCUCCAUGUCCGGCACGGACGACAUAGAAUACCGCAUGGUGCUGAGGCAGUAUCCCGGUGAGGACGACGACGGAAAUGUCAGCUACCGCCUCACCCACGGUUGGGACCAGUACGUGAGGGUGCAUGGACUCAAGGCUGGCGACCAGAUCGAUAUCUACAGUAUGCUAGAUGAGCGGCUCACCGAAGGCUCCUCCUACUUCGUCAUCAAGUACUUCAGGAAGUCGCCAUUCCUGAAUCACAGGCCGGUUAUUCCUUCCGAAAUAGAGAGGUCGCCAUUAUCGCUGCCGAAUCAACUGCCAAUGAAUCACAGUGCGUACCGUAGGGUGGAGUCACGGCCAAAUGAGAAUGGUGGGGUUGUUCUUAAGUUCUCGAAGCAGGAGAAGAAGGAGGAGGAUAAUGAAUUGCAGGUAGCUGCUGAUCAUAAUGAAUGAGUGAUGAUAACGAUGAUGAUGAGCAUUGGAUCGAAUUGAUUGAUUUGUUUGUUUGUUUGUUUUUUGAGUUGAUCAGUGUACGUAGAGAACAGAUGAUCAGGUUUGUUUUUGCAAUGCAAUUUGUUAGUUAGUACAUUUUGGCAGAGG